UCUCUGUCGGUGUGGUGUCAAGGAGACUGUGAUGUGAUUGUUUAUUUUUAGUUUCUUUAAAUGAAUAAUUAACUUCCCCUGUAAUUUUAUUUUGCUUUAUAACUUUACACCGUACUAUCAUUCCUAGUUUUAAAUAUUAGAAUAAUUUCUCCCUCUGUUACAAUAAUCAGUGGGGUUGUCAAAUGCUCUGUGCUGAGCUCACUUUCCUUUUUGUCCUGUGUUGAUGAAUCCAGGUAGAUUCCGUGUUCUUCCGUGUGUUGCCAGGAUUUACUUCUAAAAAUACAGGUCGUGGAGCAGGAGUCGAGUGCAAGUGAGAAAGCGGAAAUUCCUGUCUGAUUGCCGGCAACGACAGCCACAGCGGCGGGCAGCCAGCGAGGAGCGGUGUCGCUUGGGGCUCGGGGCACGCCACUGCCAUUGCUCUGGAGUCUGGAGUCGGGGUACCGGCCCGAUUAUCCCUCCGCCCCAAUUUCGGCCCUCACUUUCCUCUCAUUCGGCUCAAAAUUAUUCCAGCUCAUGAGCUCCGCUAGGACUCCGCUUCCAUGCUCCAGCCUUUCGUCCAUGUCCCAUGUCGCCGUCGUCGCGCCGUCCUCUCUGUCGAAGCCGGUGACUAGACAAUGAUGGGUCCGACCACGGUCAUGUCGAACGGAAACGCAUCGGCCAUCAGCAAGAGCAAGCUCGAGAACGGAACCGGAAACGGGCAUCACGUUUCCGCGUCCAGCGAGGAUGACGUCACCAUUAUUGGUGAUCCCGUCGAUAAAAUAAACACCAGCACCGACAGCCACUGUUCAAGUUUAUCUGACGGGGAAAACUACGAAUGCUAUGGUGAAGUCGACAUGGAUACAUCCCCCCAGAUCUUAAAUGGAUCUGCAAACAAGAGUCCUUUCAGCUCAAAUUUAACAAGAAAUACAUGGUUACGCACUAGUUUAAGGAGAUCUUCACCGAGUCACAAUGACAACCUGCCUAAUCGAAAAUGGGGCUCGUUUCGUCAAUCGUCCGGGAAGCGUCUUAGCUCAAAUGCCUUAGCAAGUCAAUUAUACCGCAGCUCGAGUUUCAACUCCUCUGGCCGAAGCUCAACAUGUGACACGGGUGACGAUGUAUACUCGGACGUGUCCCUUGAGGAGGAUGUUCUCGACCUCAACCACAAGGUGGAAUUAUUGCAGCAGCAAAUGAGUGUUCUUGCUGAUAAUCAAACUCAUGCGGAUGAACGCUACACGAGAGCCAAGCAAGAAAAUGCGGCCCUCCAAGCCAGAGUUUUAAUGUUAGAAGAGCAACUUCGUGAAGUUGAAUUAAGAUCUGAGGAACGUUUAGCUGAAGAAGCAAAAAGACAUCGGGAGCUUGUUGCUCGAGUCGACCGUGAGAAUCAGCUUCAAGUUGAAAAUUGUGCCAUCAAACUCCAAACGGUAGAGUUAGAGAACAAAAACCUGCGAGACGAAGCACUUCGAUGUCGAAGUUUAGCAGAAAAAGCUAAAGAAGAGAAACGGAAAAUUGAAGAGAACCUAAUCGAUGCAGAGAGCAAUGUCAUCACUUUGCGAGAAGAAAUUGAAUUCUUCAAGCGCCAGGAACAAAAGUACAUGGAACAAAGUCGUGUUCAGGAACAGCUUUUAAAAGAACUUAGUGCUGAACUAGAGCAGUUACGGCAAGAAAGAAAUGCUCAUAUUGCUGCAUUAAAUAGUCCUAACAAUGUUGCAACAGAACUCCAACAACAGCUAGAUGUGUUGAGAACACAAUAUAGAAACUUACAAGAGCAGUACGAUGAACUCCAAGCCCUCCUCCUGAGUAGAAGUGUCGAAGAAGGCAGAACUCUAUUGACAGGAUCCAACAGUCUUGCAGCCGAGCUUGAAGCCAUGACUCAAGAUGAUUCUGGAGAAUGCAGCCUUCAAACUCAAAAGAUGAAAACGGCGCUGAAAGAGCAACAGGAAGUGAACUCUCAACUUAGAGCUUAUAUAGAUGGAAUCCUUUUGAACAUAGUAGAAAACUACCCGCAGCUGCUAGAAGUGAAGUGUACACCAUCCUCAUCCUCAACCUCAAGCGGGCCAAACUCUUAGUGAAGUCAUUUAAUGUUUGGCUAUUUAAAGUGCAGUUCAUCUUGGUAUUUUAUGGAAAGUGCCACAUUAAUUUUCAUUUUAUCAAUUUAAUUCUGAAGAUUAUUCCCUUUUAGCCUUUUUUAACUUGUUUCUCUGUCUUCAGCAUUUAUUUCAUGAAAAAUUAUAUUUUUCAACUGGAAGCAAAGGCUUUCAUUUUCUCUACAGUAACUUUUACCAUACUGCGUUUUGGUUAGAUUAUUUCCUCUACAUCUGAAUCCCCCCCCAUAAACUUGCUGUGAUUCUAUAGCUUCAAAGUUACGUGUGAUCUGCAAUACGUUACUGUUCAUGUGUAAAAGUCAUGAAAGCAUGGUGUACAAAGAAAAAAUUUGUAAUUGGUAAUUUUCCUUUCUAUUCUGCAGGAACCUAAAAUUUCAGGAAAACCUCCUUUUUAUUAUCUUUGAAAUUCAAGUCAAAAGCAAUAUUACUUUUAGACUCUAAUCUGAAGUGUAAAAAUAACGUGUAUUCAGUAUUAUUUUAUUUUUUCAGAAAAUCUCUUUCAUUAUCUGUUUUUGUAUUCAAUUAGAUCAAAAUAUUCUUGAGUGUUUCAUUUUAUUGAUAGCUUUUAGUUAAGAGCCUCCAUGUGAUAUAAAUAUCAGUAUUCAAAAAGAAUUUUAUUUUAUGUCUGUGGCCUAAAUCCAACAGUCAUGGUAGAUGUGAUAACAUUAGCAUGAAAGCUACAUAUAUUUGGAAAAAAAACAAAAAAACAAUGAUUCUUCAAUGAACACCGUGAUAGACGCCCUAAACAGUGUAUGCUCAAAUGUAUGGAACUUGCUCAUCGCCUAAAAUUUUCAUUUCGUAACUUGCAAAAUUACGUUUUUAGCAAGUAAGUAGUUGCCUUUCACAGUUUAUGAUACAAUAAUGGAUGUUCAUACAACAUCGCAAAUUUUGGUCUCAUUUUAUUUUAAUGGAAAAGCCCAUCGUAAUCACUUGGCAAAUUUUUUUUAUUUUUCUUGUUUCUGUAGCUAUUAAAUCUGAAAAUUUCUAGCGAUAUUAUUUUUUGCGAUUUUAAAAAAAUAAAAUACUUACAAUUGGAAAUUUUGAAAUGUCCUGCAAGAUACACGCUUUUCUAGUUCAACAACUGAUAUUUGUACUGCCAUACAAAAUUUGUGUUCUGGGUCUGAUUGAAAAUUGAACUUUGUCAAUUUUCUAAACCAAGAUUGUAAUUUGGAAAGUUUUUAUAGAAUUUGUACUCCUAAAAUCAUAUGCAUAUUAUGAUUCAUCGUUACGUGAUUAAAAAUACCUCUAUGUAAUUGUCCUUGUUGGUCUGUAGUCUCAUUUCUGAAAGUGGAUAGCAAGGAAAUGAGCUGAAAAGAGACGUAAAUAUUGAUUUUAAUUAAUUUCCUAUUUUAGGCUCCUCUUUUUCAGAAAUGCAUCCAAAUGGUGCCUGUGAUAUGGAUGAUUUUGAAGUUCGUGCCUUAAAGUGUGAUUGCAGCCAACAUUGUGUUUCCGUUUGUGAUAAGAUUGAAAUGUAACCGUGGCCUAUUCUUGAGCUUUUAUUCUAGAGAAUUAAGAAAAACAAGGUAUGUUCAACAUUGUUACAGCAAAGUGCCCUGUACUUAUGAUCGGUAAAAAUGUGCAUAUCAAAUUGUUACCCUACUUCUUCAGUUACGUCUCAAAAACACCUAUAUUGCCUUUCCUAAAUACCUAUUUUGUGAGGUAUGGAGAAAUUCAGUUUCAGUCUCUUCAAAGGUCCAUUUCUUCCAGCUAUUUCUAAAGGAAUUUCAACUUUCUUGAGAAUCAAAGGUGGUCUCACUAUGCGCUCACGCUGUUUUUAUGGAGAGCUGCUCUACUUGUGCAAUACUUGUUUCAAAACUUAAUGUACGUUUCAGCUUUCUGAAAAAAGGGGGAAAAAAUAACUAGAGAAUUUUGGCACAAAAACUCACUCAAAUUUUGGUUAGUUUUAUCUUGAUUGAAUUUAAGCUGUCUGGUCUGUAUCCGAUGGUUUCAUGACUGAAAUUUUAAUACAUACUGAGAGUUAAGAUUCUAGUUUUUGGUGAAGCAUAACAUGUAGGAAAGUUUUUACGGUACUCCAACUGUGCUUGAUAAAAAAACCAUAUUUUGCAAUCUUGUGAGGUUUUUAAAAGUCAUAUUCACAAUUUUCUAUACUAUUUAUGAACCUAUUUUUUAAAAGAGAAGAGAAGUGUGCCUUUGAAAACUUCUUUACAAUCACCUAUGUUCUUCAAGUACUAUAGAAAUGAGAUGUCUCCUAGUUCAGUCGGAAAGUUGUCCUAGUAAAUUCAGGGAAAGGAUUUAUUGCUUUCAAUGGCUCAUUAAACCGUACUAGCUCAGAGGGUGAUGAGUCUGUUUCAAGGGGCUUAGAUUUAAUGAAGAAAAGUUUACGUUUUAGUCAGAGAUAUGGCAUUGAGUCGCCAAUAUGGUUGUUGUACUCCAUUCUAAAUUUUGGGAGUUUUCCUCUGGCAAAACCCUUUGUAUUAAGAAAUCUUAAGUAUGACCAUUGUUCCUACGUACAUCUUACCUACCUUUAAAUAUUUAUGUUAAAAGAAGCAAAAAAAAUUUACAGGUGCGAAUAGUGCCUUAUUUUAAGCCUAAAAAAACCUGAUAAAAUUAUGUUGCGAGUUCCGCAGGUUAGUGCAAUCAUGUAUCAGUAUUAAAAAAAUAAAGUUACACGAUUUAUAAGAAAUAGAUGAAUCAUGGGUCCGCAGAUCAAAGUACCCGCUCUUGAAGAUUUAGGUUGGAAUUGCGUUAAAUUUACCCACUGCUCAAAGCAAAAUUGAAACAUGAGAAAUUUAAGUAAAUUUGAACUGAUUGUUGCCAUACCGAGUGAGUUGCCUUACUGUAAUCGUAAUGUUUCCACCUUUUUGACUGAAAAAGUGAACUAUUAUAAUUCAGAAAGAUUCGUUAUAAUUAAGAGAAGAGAUAAGGUGACUAGUCUCUUAUUUUCUCAAAAACUAUAACGCAGUUUUAAUUGUUCUUGUACUUAAUUUGUUAUUUUUUGUCCUCUAUUUUACCUAAAGAAUUAAAACAUUUGGUAACAUAAUCCAAACUUGUAACAUAGUUUUUUAAGAUUUAUUUUUAAAAUCUCUCCCUGUAAAUUUGAUUUUUUUAAAAAAGAAGAAAAUAUUGUAUAAUAAAGGCUGUGAUGUCUAUAACAAUGA